AAGACCAAAACAAAUACAAGCACAGGUACCUGGGAGACCUAAAGGAGGAGGACUUAAACAAAAUCAACAAAAUAUACUACAGAUAAAACAAUUACCAAUAAAACAAUUACCAAUAAAACAAAGUUCAAAUGUAAUAAGAGAAGAUCAAAUAAGAGAUGAUCAGAUAAUUGUAGAUCCACAGAUAGAUAAAGGAGUAUUGGAAAUAAAUAUACAAGAAGAAAUAUGUUCUAUUUAUUUAACAGCAUUUGAUAUUGAAAAUUUAGAUGGAGUAGUAAUACCAUGUCGAAAUAAUCACAUAUUUUAUUUUCGUUGUAUUGAUCGAUGGAGUCAACGUGCAAUUACUUGUCCUAUAUGUCGUGUACCAUUACAGCCUGAUGAAUUAUGGAGAAAUGUA